AUGGCAUCGCGAACAAGAGGCUUUCUGGAGGUGAACGUCAAGAAGCUGGUCCUGGAUUGCGAGGCCAUCUCGGCGAUCGUGGGCACGGGCCGCACGGGUUCCAUGCAGGAGGCUUCCGCGCGGGUGGAGCUCACACGUGAGAAGCCGCCGGCGGUCAAGAAGACUGGCGGCCGCGGCAGCAAGCAGAACGUCGUGGCUGGCCCAAGAGAUGUAAUCUCGUGCCUGGGCUGGCGCGGCGCGUGCCACCAGGUCACCGCGGAGGCGGAGUCAGGCGACUCCGAUGACGAGGGCGGCGGGCCGUCCAGCGGCCCCAGCUCCGCCCAGCCCGCGAAGACCGCGGCCCACCUCCUCAAGUGA